AACUACUGUUUGAUUUCUGUUUGUAGUAACGUUAUUCCGAUAGCGACAGAUCUGAGGCUAAUAACGAUGUGACCAAUAUGUAUUAUUUGGAAUAACGUCAUAUCGACCAGGGGUUUGUUAUCUAGCCUGCUAACUGUGUAGGGCUAACUACCCCAGUCCCGUGACAGGCUGUAACGUUCAGGUGCAGUCCUCCUUGCCAAGGAAGGAGAGGCACCAGGACCAUGAGUGAGAAUGGCCCUCAUACAGAGGCGACUAUGUAUUUUGAGGUCCAGGUGGAUCACCUGGGGCGGGACGACGAAGAAGAAGAAGACAAGAUCCACUUCGACAAAGACAAUGACCUGAUUCCUGAGCCUUCAUCGUCCUCUGGUCGGGUGUACGACCGCACAACAGUGCUCAUUGAGCGGGACCCCAUCCGGCUAGAUGAGGAGGGCGAAGAGGAGGGUCACUGUGGAGGGGACGAAGAUGGGGUCACCUUCCUGACUGAAGGGGAAGGUGAUGGAGAUGAGGAGGAGGGGUCUCUGGCCUUUAUGACAGACCCUGAUGGCAUGUCACAGGGUUAUGUGCACCACACCAUUUCUCCAGACCAGAUCCAGUUCACAAUAAAUCCAGGCUCCACCCCCAUGCCACGCAACAUAGAGGGGGCGACCCUCACCCUGCACUCUGAGUGCCCAGAGACCAAGCAGAGAGAGGUGAAGCGCUACCAGUGCAUGUUUGAAGGCUGCACAAGGACAUACAGCACGGCGGGAAACCUUCGGACACACCAGAAGACUCACCGGGGCGAGUACACAUUUGUGUGCAAUCAACAGGGCUGUGGAAAGGCUUUCCUCACUUCUUACAGCCUCAAGAUUCAUGUCCGUGUGCACACCAAGGAGAAACCAUUUGAGUGUGAUGUGCAAGGCUGCGAGAAGGCCUUUAACACAUUAUACAGACUGAAAGCACACCAGAGACUCCACACAGGCAAGACAUUCAACUGUGAAUCCGAGGGAUGCACGAAGUACUUUACCACACUCAGCGACCUAAGGAAGCACAUUCGCACACACACUGGGGAAAAGCCAUUCCGGUGUGACCAUGAUGGCUGUGGCAAAGCCUUUGCUGCAAGUCAUCACCUAAAAACACAUGUACGGACACACACAGGGGAGAAGCCAUUCAACUGUCCCAGUGAUGGCUGUGAGAAGACUUUUAGCAGCCAGUACAGUCUGAAGAGUCACAUCCGGGGCCACGACAAAGGACAGCCCUUCAGCGUCACCCUCACCCAUCCGCUCUCCGAAGAUGCAAAUCACUCGCUGUGCCUCAGUGAUUUGAGCCUCAUCUCUACAGAUUCAGAGCUUCGAGAGAACAUGCAUAACGCUCAAAAUUUGGACCUCAGCAACGUGACCCCUGUGAAAAUCUUUGAGCUUAUGUUCCAGAGUCCUGAAAAUAGUGUCAGCCAAGAUGAUGCCCAUCCCAACGAGAGCCUUGCUGAACCCUUCAGCCUAGAGACCUCUGCCCACCCAGUAGUGACUGAUGGCUCGUCUCUCAUCUCAUUCUCUCUCAAUCCUACCUCCUCUUCUUCCUGUUGCCACACAACUGCAGUCAUGGAGGCUCCUUCCCAGCUCAGUCAGACCUCUCCCUCUCUGGCCUCCACCCCUGCCUCUGCAACCACUACUAUCAGCUCCACACAGCCUACUCCUUUCACGCAACUAGCCGGGCCUCAGCAGAUCUCUGAUGUUCCUGCCCAGGCUUCUGUCCAAGCUCCAAGCAACGUCACCCCCCAGCACUACGUGGCACUGCCACCCACAUUCCUGCAGCCUGAUAGUGCCACACAGACCACUCCUCUACCACCACCCAUCACCGCUCCUCCUCCAGUGGCUCCAGAACAGACCACCACAGCUCCAGGCCCUGCUGCUGUGUCUGUUGUUGCGGCCUCCACAACAGACGCUUUGGCAGCUGUGGCUCAACCUGUGCCUUUGGCUAACAACCCUGUCCCUAACUCUGGCACUGGUUUGCCUGCCACUCCUGCCACCAUCACCAUAGCUCCCACCCAGAACCUGUUGCAGCCCAGCUUGGUCAUGUCUGACCAAAACCUCCAGUGGAUCCUCAGCAGUGCUGCCAAUAGCCAGCAGAACCCAGAGCAAGCACCACAUCAAGGAGCUCCAAAAGUGGAAAAGGUUUUCUUCACUACAGCCAUACCAGUGGGAGGAAAUGCUGGCAGCUCAGUCCAACAGAUCGGCCUCAGCCUGCCAGUCAUCAUCAUCAAACAGGAGGAAUCCUGCCAGUGCCAGUGUGCUUGCAGGGACUCUGCUAAAGAUAAGAGUUCAAAGAGUGCCUCCUCCAUUGUUUCAGCCCCAGCACCGCCUCAACCAUCAGAGCCGCCUCCUCCCCCACCGCUACAACCCCCAGAGCCUCUUCACCAUCCAGCCACCUCAUCUUCCUCGUGCUGCCUUCCCGAGUCUUCCUCCAAGGUGGGUGGUGAGGUGAGGUUGGAGGCCCCCACUACUUCUUCCUCCGGCUCAGCUCAAACUUUCUCCACUAUAGUGAGCAGCACUGCCACCAGCCCUCCCUCAUCUGACGGGUUAGCUAACAUGGAUGUCUCGGACUUCCUCUCCCUGCAGAGCCCUGAGACUGCUGCCAACAUUGAGGCUCUGCUGCUGGUCGCUGAAGACUUCAACAUGGCCACUGAUGGCAAUACUUAGAGCUGACUUCUGAGUCUGCCACCAUGUGUUGGUUGCACCCACUCAGCCACAGGCAUCAAUUCCACAGGCAUCAUUUCCACCCACAUCGCGAGUUAUUCUCCACAGUGACACCUCUUCUUUCUCUCUAUAUAGUGUGUGCAUCGAACCCCCUGUACCUGCAGUGCGUUAUGUUCUGUAUGGCAUUGCGCAACAUAUAUACAUGAACUAUGAAUAAUUUCUGUUGAGACUUUAGAAACAAGAUUAGUUUGCUUUGGAGAUUUAGCAACUUUAAUGCAGGGAAAAGGCAGCAAAUCCUUUGUUAUAAACAUAAUCAAAUGUACAUGAUAUCCCUCAAUAUCAACUCGAAUUGGUUGAAUGAAAAAUGAGUGUUGUCCAUGCACUGAUGAGUUCCAUUUUCCUGGCUUGAAGAUCACACCAGAGCAGGAAACCAAAACUUGUCUGUAUAUCUUUGUACUGUACUACAGGUCCGAACAAAUCCUUAAAGCUGGUAUGCAACUGACCAGAAUGCACUGUAUAUUAGAGGAAUUUACUAUAAUUUUAUCAAGCAUUGCUCCCGGUAGGAAUUUGAGGGUUGGCCACAUAGCCCCUCAUUGCUGUCAUACAGUAUGACAUGAUUUCCUCAGUACUUUUGUUUCCUAGGAAGACUAGUAUAGUCCAGAAAAUGUGAUUAUUCUUUUCUACUUCUUUUGACAGUUUACUAAUUGAGAAAAAGAACCUGUGACCAGAUCUGCCUGAAAUUAAGUCAAUACAUCAAUAAGUUGCCUAUAACUUAACUAAUUUAAAUUUGUACAUGUUAAUUUAUUUAAAUGCUUGAUUCUUUCAUUAUACUGGUAAUAUUUUCAAGAUAGAAGAGAAAUAUAUUAAUUUAUUCCAAUCACUUGUUGUAUUUUUAAGUUGAGCUGUUUUUAUGUUACUGAAUUGCUUUUUUUUUUUUUAAGAACGUAAUGGGUAUUGUUUAAAGCAAGUUUGAGAAAGAGACACCAAUAGUUAUAGACUGCACAGAAGCAAAUUUUCCUCUAGGAUCUGCUUGCCACAAUGAAAAAGUAAGGAACUACUGUCAACAUCCCAUAUUUCAUAGGGUUGUGACCCUCUCAGGGAUGCAUCAAGUCAACUGGUUCUGGAUACUGGGUUCUGGUUCCCUUAAUGUGUUACUCGGACAGUUUUUACCAGAUGCCCCACACUUGCAGUAGCCCUACAUUUCGCUGCACUCUUCCCUGUUAAUUGCACACUAAGUUGUAAAGUGAGUAAUCUGACAGCUAAUGUUAGCUGAGGUGCAGCACCACUACAGAUUUUUGUAUACAACUGCUGUAAAGUAGCAUUUAAAAGACUAUGUCCUGGUGACAGUGUAAAUACAGUACACCUUAGUGUAAACAUCUUUGAGAAACGUGUAGAUUAUUCUAGAAUUUGUAUUUUUGUAUAGACUUUUGAAUUACUAACUCUCAGAGUUUGGAGCGAAAGUAUACCCUCUAUCCUUGCAUUCUUCCCCCAGUCACAUUUAUGCAGAAGUUUUUGCUGUGUUUAGUUGAAUAAUUAUACUAGCAGCUGGGCUUUUGUACAGUCCCCAUAAUAACAAUAUAUGUACUUCAUAGCCACCUGCUCAGAGUAUGAUCCAACAGUAUUGUUUCACAUGGGACACAAUGCAAUGAUGAUAGAUCGAAGGCAUAUGCCCUGUAUCUUAAGAGUGUAGAGCCACAUGGCCUUACAACAGAACUGUUUUGAGCCUCCUUACCUUGACAGUCUCUGCUUCAGACUUGCCAUUGACAUGCCAAUCCUCUUCAUUGAGUCUCAGGCAAUCACAGCAGUGGAUUGCAAUACAGCAAAAGCCUUGAGACAAAGCUUAUGGUUUUCCUAGAGUCUAUCGUUUUCCAGUAGAAAGUCAUUAAUGCAGCAUUGCUAAAAAUAUAAUCUGCCACAUAACAGAUGCAGGUGAUGUGAUUCUGCAUUUUAGGUCCAGGCUGUAGGAUCUAACCAAACUGACAUGCAUGUCGCAUAAAUUGUGUCUUGAUUUUUUUAUUUUGUUUCCUUCUGCCAUAUUUUCAGUGGAGCUUUCCUUCAAAGGCGGUUAAGAUGUUGUGAAAGGCUCCAGUUACACAUUUUGUGCUCAACCAUUCCAUAUAUGCAGUAUUAGGUAAGAGAGUCUGUUUGGCUCCAUUGGAUUACAAAAUGUUAACUUACCAUUUCCCUGUUAAGGCACUCUGAAAUUACUGCCAGGAGUCAAGCUCAUACAUCAAAUAUAUAUUCUCAUACAUGCAUACUGUCAUUAAACAACUAUGCAAAUUGAAGUGUGGCAUUUAAAUAGUGAUUCCAAGACAAGAUUUGUUCCUCCCUCCAUGAAAGGAUAUUCUGCUACAACCUUAUGUGCUGAACUCCAGAGUCAAAAGCUGCCUUUUCAAUCCAUAUGUUACGCAUGUUUCCUGAACUCCAGCAUAGAGCAUUUUGUUUUCCACAUUUGGAGUGGUGUGAAUCUGGACUUUGCAGCGUGCCCAUCCAAGUACUGUUCCCAUGAAUGUUGACCACAUCCUUUACAUGCCGUUUAAAACCAACUGGAUUUGUUUUGAGUACUGAAAGAAUGACUGAUUCUGUUUUAAGAAUUAUUUUUGGUCAAAUGUAUGGAUUGUUUUCUCUUUUAAUGCAUAAACAUGUUUCAUUGGGGCUUGCUUUGUAAUCAUCUCAGCCUUUCACAUUUAUAUUUGACAUGUGGAUAAUCUGGCUCAUCUUCACCAAUGAAAGUCAAACUUAAAGCUGCUGCCGUGUUUUAAUCAGCAAGCAGAGUGAAUGAUGGUGACAUUGUUUUGGAAGCACAUGGUUUGAUCAAAUGUAUAGCCAGUGUGAUUUUUGGAAACUGAGUAUUUCUGCCAGCACCAACAUUUUCCCCUCCCCCAAUGGGCAGCAAUAUUU